UAUUUAUUAAGUACUUAUAAAAGGUGACAGCUUGCGUGCUGCAAAUUGUUACCGAGUAGUAGUGACUUUUCUUAGCAAGUGGAGUGAAGUGUGUGCAAAGUGAAAUUAAACUUGAAGUGUGCAAGUGAUUGACUACAUAUUUCCAAAAUGUCCGGUUUCGUUAAAAUAGCCAUCGACGACUAUUACUCGGACAACAAUUGGACUACCAUUAUUAAUAAAUAUUGGAUGCUAGCAGAAAGAGUCUCAGAUCCCCGAGUACAAGGAUGGUUCCUGUUCGACACACCCCUGGUGACCUUAGUGAUGGUCAUCAUAUACCUCGCCUUCGUAAUGGUGGCCGGCCCUCAAUGGAUGGCGAACAGAAAACCAUUUCGGAUAAAGAACAUUCUAGUCGGUUAUAACGCUGGACAGGUCUUGCUGUCUUUGUAUAUGUUUUAUGAGCACUUGAUGUCAGGGUGGUGGGCCGACUACAGCCUCACGUGUCAGCCUGUCGACUACAGCGACAGUGAAAAGGCGAGACGAAUGCUCCAUUUAUGCUGGGUGUACUACUUUUCAAAACUAUCCGAGUUCGCGGACACGAUAUUCUUCGUGCUCAGAAAGAAGAAGAGUCAAAUCACUUGGCUUCACCUCUACCAUCACUCCUUGACGCCAUUUGAAGCGUGGCUGCUAGUUAAAUUUAUUGCAGGUGGGCACGGAACGUUCUCGAACAUCGUCAAUAAUCUAGUCCACGUGAUCAUGUACAGUUACUACAUGAUGGCCGCCAUGGGACCGCAGUACCAGAAAUAUCUAUGGUGGAAGAAGCACCUCACCACUUUACAACUAAUCCAAUUCUUUAUGGUGCUGUUUCAUUCCAUAAGCGCACUAGUAUACGACUGCGGCUAUCCAAAAGUCAUCGCAUCCGGUCUGAUACUUCACUCAUCAAUCUUCAUAGUGCUCUUCACAAACUUCUACAUACAAGCUUACAGGAAAGAAAAACCUAAACUAAAAGUUGACGCUUGUAAUAAUAACAAUAAUAAUGGUUAUAUUGCAAAUAGCCAUGCUAAAACGAAUGGCUAUGCUUCAACCAAUGGCCAUGCGAUAGGAAAUGGUCAUGCCAUGACAAAUGGCCACGCGUUGACCAAUGGACAUGCAAUAUCCAAUGGCCAUGCUACGACAAACGGCAAUGUUACUGCUGAGACGAGUAUAACAAACGGAUAUGCCAACGGUCACAUUGUAAAAGAAAAAGUGCAUUAGUCCGAUGAGCGUACUAUAGACAGUGUGAAAGUGACUAAUAAGACUAUUGUAAAUAUUUUAAAAGAAACGAACGGUACAAAGGCUUUCUUGCUGAAUAGGAUGACAAUAAAACAUAACGAGUCUUAAGUUUUUCAAUACAUUUGUUGUUGUCAGAACGUUACAGAAGACUUCACACAUAGGCGUAUAGACGAUGCAGUUCAGUACAGUGCAGAGACUUUAUAAUGUGCUGACGAGCACAAAGCUGGCACGUGAGACACAUAUAUGUCUAUCCUGCUCUAGUGCCUUUUGUGGUGGCAGUAAAGAUUUCUAACAAAGCGCGAAUGCGUGUAUCUGCACUUUUUAAAGAGCGUGACAUUACUAGAUCCGAUAUCAGAAAGCUGACUACUAUGGCCAAAAUUAACGAAUAAUCAAUCUACAAAAAAAAUAAGAGGAUAGAUUGAAUUGAGGAGUGCUAUUCUUUUUCUCCUCUUUUUUCCCCUAUAGAUAAGGGUAGCACUCGUAAAUUCAAUAUGCCAUCUGAAGAUUUUGGAUUAGAUUGAUUAUUAUCUUAAAAUGCUACAUUAAAGCCCGGCUCUGUGCUCUGUGCACUAUUCCACAUCUAAUUCUUUCCAAUUUGUGCGCAUCGUAUGUGCUACUAUAUAUAUAGUAGGGAUAGUUUUGAUAGUUAGCUUAACAUAUUAAAUCGAUCGUUUUUGACGAAUCGGCAUUGACAGCUCUUAACCACAGACAGACUCAAAAUAAUCUGUUUGAUCUGUCCCCUCUUCGGGAGCUGGAGGACUGAUCGCACCUUUUAUUCCUAUCUCCCCCUGCCCCCCUUAUCAAUAUUAUCUAUUUUAUUAUUGAUUAAAGAAUCUAGUUCAUUUAGCUUCGUGGCAGGAUACAUAUGUGAUGAUACGCCCAGUUUCAUAGCAAGGUCUCAUUUUAAAACCAUGCUGUAGUAUUUUUAGGGCACAUAACAAAAACAUAUGAUUUUAAGUACCACGGUAGUAUUUUCCUUUUCGCCGCCCGUUAGCCCCGUGAAAGGCUUGCAAAGCGAAAAGGUAAUUUUGAAGGGCUUUAGUUUGCAAAUGUAUUGAAAAAAUUAAAACUCGGACAUAUACUAAUUAGGUGGCUCAUGUAAACAAUUUAAUGAAGGUAUACGUAACAAUAAACAUAAUAUGAUGUUCGAAAGUUAUUGCAUCAUACAAAAUUACUGUGAAUAACAUUAGAAAAUAUGAUCUUCGAAUAAUUCUCGAGUGGAAUAAUGCUUUAAAUUACGGCAACGUAAUACAAUAAAAACAUACGAAUAAUAUUUUUUUUUUUGUAAUAAUUACUAUCGUCCGAAAAUAUAAUUUUACGUUUAAUUGUGUAUACACACUCUCGAUUGGA